UUUGAACACGACUUUGGUGUACCGAGGUUUCCGGCGACGAUGGGGGACCGGCGCAACUACGACCGAGGAAGGAGAUCAAGUAGCGAGGACAGAGGGAGCCGGCAUGGCUACGACCGGAGAGAUGACGCAGGGGGCGAUCGGUAUAUCCGACGUUCUCCGCCACGAUGUUUUAGCUGCAAUGAGCGGGGCCACUACGCUAACCAAUGUCCAAACCGCUGGCGUGCUCCCGAAGUGAAGGCAUCCACCUCUUACGACGUGAAUCGGGGUCGAUCCCCGAGGCGGGCUGAGGUGGUGGCUAAGGGAAAGGCUACUAUGCAGGAACCGAAGGAACUGCGUCGCCAGAUAGAGGAACUUAACAAGAGCCUAGCAUCUGUAUCUGAGUUCGUUAUGGCUGAGAAGGCGAAGAAGGCCGAAGAAGAACGUUUACGUAUUGAAGCCGAAGAAGAAGCAGAGAGACUGAAGGCGGAGCAGAAGGCCCGCGAGAAGAAGGAACAAAAGCGCAUUGAGAAGAAGAUGAGGGACGCGCAGCGUGAUGCCGAGAUCGACAAGAAGAUGAAACUCCAAUUGGUUAUCAAGACAGGCGACUUCUUUAACCGCAUGGAGGCUAUCUUGGGCCCAGUCCUGGACUUCGUCCGGAAGGUCAAGCCAGCGAAACAACAAGUACACAUACCGUCUGACUCCGGGGAUGAGAGUUACGAGAGCGGUACUGAGGACAUCCGAGCUAGAACCAAGAAGUUGACGAUACACGAGAAAAGGAAAAGGGGACCUGAGGUGGUGCUCGAGGAUAGUCCACCGAUGAUCACCCCGGCCAAGCAAACCCCUCGUCGAUCUGAGCAGAAGAGGAAAAAUACCACCACUCCGGGUCGUGUUACCCGUUCGAAAGCCAAGCUGAAGACGAAGCUCUCACCGUUCGUUGAAAGGCUGAAGAAGACCCCAGGGCGGCCGAGUACUGUCGAGAAGCUACGAUAUCACAAUCAACAGAUGGAAGAGUUGCGUACACUCGACGCCCUGGAACUGCAGGGGAUCUGCAAGGACGAGUGUGUGGCCUAUAGCGGGAAGAUUGAUGCGAUAUUUGAUAUCGCUAGUCACCGUACUUGAGUACAUUUCGGCAAAUCGAGACGAUCGAAGUGUCUAGCACUACGGAACUGGUUGAUGAAGAAUCAACCACCGUCGAGGGC